GUCCUGCCGGGAGACAUGGAGCGGCAGAGGAUCCUGUGUGUGGGACUGGUGUGUCUGGACAUCGUCAGCGUGGUGGACAAAUACCCGGAAGAAGACUCGGACAGCAGGUGUGUGUCGCAGCGCUGGCAGCGUGGAGGAAAUGCCUCCAACUCGUGCACAGUGCUGUCGCUGCUCGGGGCUCCCUGCUCCUUCAUGGGCUCCCUGUCUGCAGGACCAGUGGCCGAUUUCAUCAUGGCCGACUUUUUGAGUCAUGCGGUGGACGUGUCAGCGGUGGUUUGGCAGGAUGAAGGUCAGACUCCGUGUGCUUGUUGCGUGGUUUGUCCUUCCAGUGGAACUCGAACGGUUGUUCUCUCCGAUACAAACCUUCCUGAUGUCACAGCAGAUGAUUUUUCCAAAGUUGACCUCCGUCAAUACAAAUGGAUCCACUGGGAGGGGAGAAAUGCUGAUGAACAGGUGAAAAUGAUUGAGAGGGUCAUGAUGCACAACAGCAAGUUACCACCGCAACAGCAGAUCACGAUUUCUGUAGAAAUAGAGAAGACAAGAGAACCGCUGUAUCAGCUGUUUCCACUUGCUGAUGUGGUGUUCAUCAGUAAAGAUGUUGCUCGUCACUUUGGCUUCCACUCAGCUGAAGCGGCGCUGAGGGGGCUCUACAGUCGAGUCAAACCAGGGGCCGUCCUCCUCUGUGCCUGGGCAGAAAAAGGAGCUGAAGCUUUGGGUCCUGAUGGGAUGCUCAUUCAUUCUGAUGCAUUUCCUCCUGAAGCUCUGGUGGACACUUUAGGAGCUGGAGACACUUUCAAUGCUGCUGUCAUCUACAAACUGUCCAGAGGGGAACAUUUGAAGGAUGCUGUGACCUUCGGAUGUCGGGUGGCUGGCAGGAAGUGUGGUUUCCAUGGUUACGAAGGCCUUCGUGCUCAGUUCAGCAACGAGUGACAAGUUGUUUUUGACUCAUUCUGCAAUAAACCAACACCGAC